AUGCUGUGGGUUUGGUUUGGCUUCGUGAAUGUUGCUAUCCCUGCAAAGUGUAUUACAAAAAUACCUUUGUUUAAGCACAGCAUGUUGUUGGUUGCGGUAAAGCAACAGUCCACUCUCAAAAUUAUGAAAAAUAAAGCAAUACUUCGGCCUAAAACUACCUUAAUUUGCAUAUUCGCAAAAGAAAACUUGCAAAAAUUGAGGUUUAUUUGUAUAUUUAUAUUAAACUUUGAUGAAGUCAAAGCUAUGAAUAUCUACGAGUCCGUACGUGCGUACUUUUCAAAAAUGUUUGCUGUUCCUCCUGGCAUGAAAGUUCUCAUUGUGGAUGAGGAAACAUUGGUAAUAUUAAGCGUCACGAUGGCAUUUUCGGAAAUUAUGGAGAGGGACAUCUUUCUCGUCGAACGCAUUAAAUCCACCAGGGAAUCUUUAAAUCACCUCACUGGAGUUUAUUUUGUUCGACCCACUAGUGAAAAUGUGACACUGAUAUCUCAAGAGCUCAAGUCGCCAAAAUAUGCAUCCUAUUUUUUAUUCUUCAGUCAUGCCUUGUCUAAGCAAUCACUCAAACAGCUUGCAGAAGCUGACAUUCAUGAAGUUGUUAUGGAGGUCCAGGAAUACUUUGUCGAUUUUCUUGCACUCUCACCGCAUCUCUUCGCGAUCGAGCGUCCUAUUUGCUUUUCCCAAGGUUUUGAUGUAAUUCCUGAGGUACUUUCACGUUCAUCUCUUGCGAUUACAGCUGUACUUCUUACUCUACAGUGGUUGCCACAAAUUCGAUACCAGCAGUCCUCUGAUCAUUGCCGCGUUUUGGCCGAAUCUGUUCGGUCAUUUUGCUCUCGCGAGACUGAUUUAUUCGAUUUCCGAAAACCGGACCGCCUUCCAGUUCUCCUCAUUCUUGACAGACGUCAAGACCAAAUUACACCUCUCCUCACCCAGUGGACCUACGAAGCAAUGAUUCACGAGCUUAUUGGAAUUAAGAAUAAUCGAGUCGUCCUCCACACUUCUGCAGGCGCUCCAGAUAAGAUGUCUGAGUUAACACUGUCUCGAGAAUUCGAUGAUUUCUUUAAGACAAAUCAGUAUGUCAAUUUUGGGGAGAUCGGCCAGGCCAUCAAGAAUUUGGUGGCGAAUUUUCAGAAAGUCACUAAAAAGGUGGACGCUGAAAACGCUAAGUCAAUUUCCGAUCUCAAGGGUCUGCUAGAAAACUACCCUGACUUUCGGAAGGCCUCUGGAACUGUUGAGAUGCACGUUGCUAUUGUAUCAGAUUUAUCUCAAAUCGUCAAAAGUCGCUCACUAUUAGAGAUAAGCGAAGUAGAACAGGAACUUGUUUGUCAAAAUAACCAUUCUACUAGUUACAAUCGAAUCCGUUCUUUGGUAUCGGAUCCCCGUAUUAAGAAUGCGGAUGCUCUUCGUCUGGUCAUCUUAUACGCUCUUCGCUAUGAGCUGAACCUUCGAGAAAUUUCUAUGCUAUCCGCAGCUGUUAUCGAACGUGGUGUUUCCAAGGACGACGUUCGUGUGAUUGAGCAUCUUAGCGACCAUCCGAGCAGUCAGAAACGUGUGGCCUCCUCUGACCUUCUUUCUGCCGUUCGAGAUGUCAGUUCUAGUCCCUCUGUCUCCAAUGCCACAAAUGCCGUCGCCUCAAUUACCAAACGUUUAGUCAAGGGACGGAAGAACGUUGAGAAUGUCUACACUCAACACGAACCCCUUAUCGUCGAUAUCUUACGCGAGUUGAUUCAGGGCCAACUGCAGGAGUCAGGCUUCCCAACGCUGGACUGUGGACAAGGAAGUCCGUCCUCCUUACCUGCUAAAAAAAUCGUUGUUUUUAUCCUUGGUGGUGCCACAUACGAGGAGUCACUUGCUGUGCAUAAGUUGAUAUCAUCAACGCCUGGGCUGAAUGUUGUGCUCGGUGGUACCACUGUGCAUAAUUCGGAGUCAUUCUUGCACCAGCUUCGCUUGAUGUCUCAUUCAGAGCUGCAAACGGAGGAUGUGGAGACUGUUCCGGGUCCAAGAUCAACGUCAAAUCGAUUUCCAACCUCUUUGGGUUUACCCAAGUUAAGGAAAGUACCGGCUGUUGCAACAGAAGCAAGUGGAUAUGAAGAUAGACGUGAAACAGCAACAAGAAUAGGAAGAAAUAAUAAUCCAAUAGGUGCCAGUCCUACGUAUAAAUGCAUACAAGGAGGGGAAAUCAGCUGUGAAGAUAUCUGGAAUUGGCUCACCACUGUUUUAACCUCUGUAUUGAAAUCAUCUAGAAUACAAAGAAGUUCUUUCGUCCUCCACCAUCCUGCCAGGUUGAUUUCUCACCAAACCAAUGUACUCACAGAACCAAAAAACAUUGCUAUCCUUUCACUGGUUGAGUGCAAAUUUCCUAGUGGUUUAUGCAAUGGAUUAGGUCACGCAAAUAAUUUAUUUCACAAUCUACAUUCUCCUGAGGUCACUAGUAAAAUUUUGACCUACCUUCCAAAGUUCAAUGCACGUGACUAA